CUAAUGUGGCUGUCUGACGUACAGGUCUCCAUGCUGACGGAACCCGCCUACCCAACGUCAGUUCCUUUCCUUUAUUUCCCCGUUGGUAAAAGGAUUAGGUGAGCAGUGAGGUUGUAGUUGGAGAGUGUCCUUACUACUGUGGCGACUGGCAAUACAAUGCAGUGGUGAAUGCACUUUGAAUGUGUCUCUUUUUCUGCCGGGCAAGAGAGAGAGAGAGAGAGAGAUAUAUCUGUGUUUUGAAGCAUUAGCUCGUGAAAAAGCGGACUUUGUUCCUGUUCAAUCAAAAAAAGGACUCGUUCGACUUCAGUGAUUCCCUCCCACUCUCUCGAAAGGUUCGACAGUAAAGAAACAGACACUGACAAGUGCUACCUGAAAGUUUCCAGAAAAGAUCUGCUACUCAUUGAGGAGUUCUUAGUACUGUGUGUGGACAUCAUGAGUGACCUUAAUCCUGAAGAUGCAAGCCCAGCUGUGAAUGAAUUGUGUUGGGAGUGUGGUCAGGCCCACAUGGUGGUAGAGAACCACUUGUACGACUAUCAAGAUGAGGUGGAUGAUGAAUUAGUUUGUCACAUUUGCCUGCAGCCCUUGCUGCAGCCUUUGGACACUCCAUGCGGCCACACGUUUUGUUUCAAGUGCCUGGAGAAUUUCCUGCAAGAGCAGGAUUUCUGCCCGAUGGAUCGUAAGAAGCUUCACUUCCAACACUGUCGUAAAUCCAGCCUUCUGGUGCGGAACCUACUCGAUAAGUUGAUUGUUUAUUGCCCUUUUCGAUUGGACUGUGGGAAGAUGAUGCAACGCUGUGAGCUGGACCCACAUCUCCGGAAUAGGUGCCCUGGCCUGACAAAGCAUAGGGUUAAAAUUGAAAACAAGAGGCAGUCUAGCUUGAAGAUAAACCAAGACACAGCACUAGAUGGUGCAACAAUAGCUUCAGAAGGUUCUGCAGCAGCUGUUGUUUCACUCCGAACAGCUGAGCCUGGACUUGUUAAUCCUGCUUUUGAAGAAGAUCGGGAAGAAGAUGACUUGCCUCGAUUGUCAAGCCUUUUAGCAGAAACGACCAUUGUUGAAAUUCAUCGUGUUGAUCCUCAGGAGGAGCUAGGAAUUCGGAUAGUGGGUGGCAAAGAUACACCACUGUGUAACAUUGUGAUUCAGGAGAUUCUUCGGGACAGCAUUGUUGCUAGAAAUGGAAAGCUUGCACCUGGAGACCAUAUAACAGAGGUAAAUGGUGUGAACAUUACCAGUGUUCCACACAGCUAUGCCAUCAAGAUACUGAGGCAGCCCAGCACAGUCUGUCGGCUCUCAGUGCUGCAAGAAAGAGGGUUUGCCAUUCGAGGUUCUUCACAAGAAAGGAGCAACAGCAGUCACAAGCAGACUCUGAACGUGACUUUGCACAAAAGAGACCGAAGUGAACCAUUAGGCAUUAAACUGAUUCGGAAGGCGGAUGAGCCUGGAGUGUUUAUUUUGGAUCUCCUGGCAGGUGGCUUGGCUGCUCGGGAUGGCAAGCUGCGUAAUAAUGAUAAAGUGCUUAUGAUUAAUCAGCAGGACCUCAAAACUGGAACUCCAGAAAUUGCAGCACAGAUAAUACAGUCCAGUGAAGGAAAUGUUAACUUUGUGAUCCAGAGAUACACUGGUCAGCAAAGCUCAGAGGUUAUUGAUGAAGCUGGAUCAAGCAACAGCAGCCCCCCACGACAGCGUAGUAAAUCACUGCAGCAUCAUUGCCGUCGACGCUCCCAUUACCAAAAGGAUCCGUCACAGAAUUCAUUGUGCCUAGAGAAGACAGUUCCAGUGAGAAAGGAGCCUCGUGAGUCUCUGGGAAUAACUAUUUCAGGCGGCCGUGAAAAUAAGUAUAAGGUUCCGAUCUAUGUGACCAGCAUCCAGCCUGUGGGCUGCCUCUAUAGGGAUGGCAGAAUCAAAAAGGGAAAUGUACUGCUGAGCAUAAAUGGAGUAGACCUCACACAGUUGAGUUAUAACGAAGCAGUGUCAGUUCUCAAAUUGAAUACAGCCUCCUCUGCAGUGCUACUGAAGGUUUUGGACUUGCCCAAUGCUGAGAUGUCACCAACAACUGAGGAGCUCAUGGAAGCAGGCAAGGAGAGUGAUUAUGAUUGGUCCCCACUCUGGGUCACAUGGCUAGGGUUACCAAGUUAUCUUCACUGUUGCAAUGACAUUACUCUGCAUAAAAGUAAUUCCGAAAGCUGGGGAUUUAGCAUCGUUGGGGGCGUUGAGGAAAGCCAAGACAACCAGCCUUUCUUUAUCAAAACCAUCGUACCUGGCACACCAGCAUACUUUGAUGGAAGACUAAAAUGCGGGGAUGAGAUUGUAGCUGUAAAUGGAGUUUCCACUGCGGGCAUGAGCAAUUCAGCUGUAAUUCCAAUGUUGAAAGAACAGAGGAACAGAGUCACACUUACUGUGGUCUCAUGGCCAGGAAGUCAUGUGUGAAAGUAAAUUGAUGCGACAUUUUCCUCCGAAACUUAAGUCAUGAAAUGGCACAGUACAACCUAGAAAACAAGAAACUGCCCCAAUCUGUAGUCAAAUAGAAAAAUACCAGAUUAUCAAAGUGCAUUUGUUAAAUCUCCUCUCUUUUUUAAAACCACAGAGACCUAUGAUUUCACUUUACUCCAGCAAAAGACAAA